AGAUGCGAUCAUGGGUCAUUAAGUCGUUUUAAAUAGUUAUGCUCAGAGCAUUCCCAAGUUGAUCGCCUGGUUCGUUCUCUCUCUUCUCAGCUGCACAUCUUCCCCAGGCCCGUUGCUGGGAUUUCACUCGAUGUCUUCAGGAGAUGAGUCAACCUUAACGGACCAUAGCGACCAUCUUGCCAUUCGAAGUUUGGAAGAUGUGUCGGAGCCAGUGGAUCCUCGUAUAACGCCUAUUCAUAGGCCAACGAAUGACGUUCUUGACGAAAGUUAUGUCCACCAACUCAGCGAAUAUGUCCACCACGAGAAGCACGCUCAUGAAUUCAUCGAAAAGCCAAACGAAGAGGAACCUCUCUAUGCAAGUACCUUCUUCUCGGUGUUUGCGACUAAUGACUCACCGGAAUCACAGAUAGAGUUCGAGAAGGGUGAUCCUCGGAAUCCCAUCAACUUCACUUCCCGACGAAAGUGGAUUAUCACUCUGACAGCAUGUUUCUUCACUGCGCUCUCUGCUGCGGCCGCUUCGACCUAUAAUAUGGGCUGGCCUUCAAUGAUCCGUGACCUCAAUUGCACCGAAUUUCAAGCGACCAUCGGUCUUUCCCUCUACUGUCUUGGUUUUGCAGUGGUUCCCUUGGUAUCUGCAUCUUUCAGUGAAGAGUUUGGUCGUCAACCACUUUACAUUGCUUCCACCAUCGGUUUCGCUUUGAUGCACCUCAUGAUUGCCCUCUCUCAGAACAUCCAAACAGUGCAAAUUGCACGAUUCCUCUCUGGUGCCUUUGGCUCUACAGGUUCUACCAUGGUCGGAGGAUCUGUUGCCGAUAUCUGGCUUCCUCACGAACGCGGACUUCCGAUGUCCCUAUUUGCCGUCGCAGCCAUCGCAGCUACAGGUCUUGGUCCUCUCGCGGCAGGAUGGAUGGAAAUGAACCCUCGUCUCGAAUGGCGUUGGAUUCAGUGGAUCCACCUGACCGUUACUGGCGUGUUUGCUGUGUCUAUCCCCAUUUUGAUGAAGGAGACGCGUUCGUCGGUUCUUUUGACACGUAUGGCUAAGAAAUUACGAAAGACAACUGGCGAUAAGCGAUACCGAGCGCGAGUCGAAGAUGAGCGUGCCAGUUUGAGGACUUUGAUUUACAUUUCAUGCACUCGACCCAUCUACUUGUUGUUCACAGAACCGGUGGUGGCGAGCUUCAGUUUAUGGGUUGGCUUCGCAUGGGGUAUCCUAUAUGUUUUGAUUGAGUCCAUUGCACCCGUGUUCAGAACUCUGCACAAUUUCAAUCAGGGCGAAAUAGGCACAGUCUUUAUCGCGUUCUUCAUUGGAAGCAUUCUGGGCUUCUUUACCAAUCUCUAUCAAGAGAAACUUUAUCAGAAGACUGUAGGACGUCGCGGGCCUGAGGCGCGGCUGUAUUCUUCGAUGUUUGCGGCUAUACUGUUCCCCGCUGCUAUGUUUAUUUACGCCUGGUGUACAUUACCUGGAAUUCACUGGAUCUCGUUGGCUAUAGGCAUUACCCUUUUCACCUGGGCCUUAUUCAUUAUCUAUCUCGCUGUAUUCACAUACUUGGCUGAUUGCUACGGCCCAUUCGCAUCUUCUGCCCUUGCUGGUCAAAGUCUCAGUCGAAACAUUAUGGGAACAAUCUUCCCUCUGUUCACCGCUGCAAUGUACAACAACCUAACAUACAAAUGGGCCAACACCCUCUUCGCGUGUAUCGGUCUGAUAAUGAUUCCUAUUCCAGUCAUUCUGUUCUUCAAGGGACCUGCUAUCCGGGCUAGGAGCAAGUUUGCGUCUCAGGUCAUGGAGAAAGUUAUCGAGGAGAAGUAGACUUCAAACCGGGUCAACGCUUUAGCCCGGUUUCACACACUCACACCUUCGUGGCACUCAACCGCUUAGAGGAAACGUCUUUCACGAUACAUGCACCCAUAGACAGGGUCAACUUAGUGUUGCUUUCGCAUUGCGAAGCUAGUCGAGAGCAGGAGGGUUCAAAAGACAGACCCGCUGUUCCCCAUUGACGUCGAGAGGGACAAUACAAUUCUCGAUAUAGUUCCAUUUCUUUCAUCCUUCCUAGACCUUAUAGACUUGCCGUAGUCGGACUCAUCACUGUAUACAUGGGACUCGUAGAAUCUCGCACCCUGGGUCUGCUGCAGCAUCGCUUUGUAUAUAGUUUUUUCCUCUUUUCCUUUCUUCUUUGAUUACAUUAGGCCGAUUACAUCGUCAUCUCUUCGAUUUCUACAUAGUUCAGAUGUUGCGCUCUCUGCCAAUCGUCU